UAUAUAUUUCAAACUUAUAUUAAUUGAUCUAACAGAAUUUAUAGUUUGAAAUAGCUAAGGUCUACGCCAUUUGGUUGCACAGAUUUAGGGAUUAGUAAAAUAAGAGUUUGUGGCAAAGACUCAAUUUUUUUUUCAUAUCUUAUACACAAAAAAUUUGUUAUUUUAGAGUUUGUUCUGGGCUUGGAAAAGGCAAUUUCUCAAUGCUGAGAAGCGGAGGGAGGUCCUGCGAUUUAUUUCACAACGAAAUUUCAGAUGUACGGGAAUACAUUUGGUGGGAGGUGUAUUCCUGGAUUUAUGAGAUUUUGAUCAAAUUUCUUCCAACUCUUCUCAUCAUAGUUCUAAAUAUUCUAGUAUUGCGAAAACUGUGCAAAAUCUGGGCAAACAGACAAAGGAUAAUCAACUCAGACCCAACUAACCCUUCAGAUGAAAAUAUUAGUGGUGUGUAUACAAUAUCUCUUCUAGUGAUUUCUCCUCCCGUAUUAGCAACAGAUUUCAAAAUGCUGCAAGAAUUAUCAAGAGUUAGACGAAGAGUUUUGUCUCGAAAAAUCAAGAAGAAAAAGAAGCAAAUUAUCCCUUUCAUUGGAUCAGCUCCAAGUUUAAGAGAAAAGAAACUAACCAUGCUUCUACUCUAUAUUGUUGUUGGAUAUUUUAUUCUUACAACACCAUCAAAGAUCUCCUACAUUUUCUGGCUCUUGGCCCCACAAGGUAACUAAAACAUUUCGUAUUGCUUUUCAUAAACAGUUAAAAGUUAUUAUUGGUGAUUCAGGCUUUGUCUACAGAAAUUUUACACACACCCGGUGUCU